AAGUACAUAAAAUAUUCAGCAACAUUCCCCUUAAUUUAUACAACCGCAUUAGCUCCGCCUCUGCAUGAUGGCGCCCUUCGUAGUACUCACUUUCCACUUUUUCCAUUUACCACCCACCACCCAUCGCAUGUUUCGUCCUUGUGCUCUUCGUUGCGACCUUCAUCAAGAAUAUCCGAGCUGAUGCUGCUCUGCAGGAAAGCCCCAUCGAUGACGCAAUUACUUUUCCACCCUGCGGUGGCCCAUUCUGGGUUCUACUCACACAUAAACGGUCCAGCACAGCCGACGUUGUCGUCGAUCUUCGGGCUCGACGCUAGCUGUGCGCUGGCUCUUCUGAGUGAUGCUAUUUUUCCUUCUCGGGGUGCGAUAACGGUGGGGCCAAAGCUUUGCUGCUUUCAGAAUCCUCAGCUUUUUGGCAUAGCUAGUGGGAACGUCAGACAGCACGGUUUGCUGCAUCGAGCGAUCUUUGUUUGCACUGUCCGUCCGGGUACCGUGUGUGCAGUGGUGAAAAUUUAUCAAUUGAAAAUCUAAUAAAAAGGGAUCUAAUCUCGUUACCGUUGAAAACAAUUGUGAACGAAAACCGAAUUGAAUUGAUUCAAAUCGAUUAACGAUUGUGAUAAAAAGCCAAUUUUAUCGGAUUAAAUGUGUUAAGGUUGUUACGUAACGGUUGUAGUUGCCAGUUUAUCCAUAUCCUAUCCACAGUGAACACAUAUAUUAGCUGAUCCGGAGGAGUGCAAUAAAAAGAUCAAAAUGACAUCGAUUAAUGUGGACAAAUACAAGCUGUCUGACAAAACAGGCAAACUCACAGCCAAAGAUAUCAUUCCUAUGAUCCAAUCAUCGGACUCAGCCGAAACUCGAGAAUUCCUACAGAAGAUUAUGGAGCUACUCAUUGACUACGUAAACAUACAGAAUGAUCGCAAGGAGAAAAUCCUUGACUUUCACCACCCGGAAGCUAUGAAGAAGUUGCUCAGCUUGGAUGUACCAGAUGAAGCAGUCAGUCUGCAACAAUUAGUUAAGGAUUGUGCCAUCACGCUGAAAUAUCAAGUAAAGACGGGUCAUCCCCACUUCUUCAAUCAGCUCUCCACCGGUUUAGACGUGGUAUCGAUGGCGGGAGAGUGGCUCACCGCGACCGCCAAUACGAACAUGUUCACGUACGAAAUUGCACCGGUGUUCAUCCUGAUGGAAAAUGUGGUUUUAUCGAAAAUGCGCGAAAUCAUCGGGUGGAAAGGUGGCGAUUCGAUUCUUGCUCCCGGUGGUUCCAUCUCCAAUUUGUACGCUUUCCUUGCUGCUCGGCAUAAGAUGUUUCCAGACUUCAAAGACCAUGGAGCACGUGCCUUACCCGGUGAGCUGGUUAUGUUCACCUCGGACCAGUGCCACUAUUCGGUAAAAUCGUGUGCUGCUGUUGGUGGACUCGGUACCGACAACUGUGUAACUGUUCCAUCGGAUGAACACGGCAGAAUGAUUCCGUCUGAGCUGGAGCGUUUGAUUCUGGAGCGAAAAGCUCGUGGCCAGAUUCCGUUCUUUGUCAAUGCCACUUCCGGAACCACGGUGCUGGGUGCAUUUGACCCAUUGAAUCCGAUAGCCGACAUCUGCGAAAAAUACAACUGCUGGUUCCACAUAGAUGCUGCAUGGGGCGGUGGUUUAUUGUUUUCGAAAAAGUACCGCCAGCCAAGACUCUCCGGAGUAGAACGCGCGGACUCGGUCACCUGGAAUCCACACAAGUUGAUGGGAGCACUUUUGCAAUGUUCUUCGAUUCAUUUCAAAGAGGAUGGUCUCUUGAUUAGCUGCAACCAGAUGUCCGCUGAGUAUCUCUUCAUGACCGACAAGCUGUAUGACAUCAGCUACGACACUGGCGACAAGGUCAUCCAAUGCGGUCGUCACAAUGACAUUUUCAAGCUGUGGCUGCAAUGGCGUUCCAAGGGCACUGACGGCUUUGAGCAUGCCAUAGACCAGCUGAUGGAGCUCGCCGAGUACCAAGUGAAACGAAUCCGGGAACAGUCGGACAAAUUUUACCUGAUCAUGGAUCCAGAGUUGGUGAAUGUUUCAUUCUGGUACAUUCCGAAGAGACUGCGUGGAGUUCCUCAUGAUGCGAAGAAGGAACAAGAGCUCGGAAAGAUAUGCCCCAUCAUCAAGUCCCGGAUGAUGCAGUCCGGUACCCUGAUGGUGGGAUACCAACCAGACGAUCGACGCCCCAACUUCUUCCGGUCAAUUAUUUCGUCAACAGCCGUCAUAAAAUCGGACGUCGAUUUCAUGCUCAACGAAAUUGACCGCCUCGGUCACGAUCUGUAAGAAGCAAAUAGCAAUAAUUUAUUGGAAAAUGCUCUCUCGACGGCGCGGAGAGUUAACCUUGAUGUUUGAAAACAAUGAGAAACUGCCCAAAGUUUUAAUUGUAGAGACAGUUUCAUUAAAGUCUAGCGAAAUACCAGACAUUUGUCAACCAAGGAGUAUCAUUUGCAAUGACAUAUCAAAUAAUAUUAUCGUGUUAUCUUGUGUUCAGUAUUUGUUGAAAAUGGGGCAAAAUAAAAUUCUUUUCUUUUUAUUAUGAUUUCAGAGUUAGUAAAUAUAUAGUACCUAUUUAAAUUUUAGAAGAAAAAAUUAUAAAAUUCAACCCAUUUCGUUGAAGCUCAUUCAGUUUAGCAAAAAAAACAUAUCGAUGAUUUAUUAGAAUAAUAUUCGACAAAAUGACAUUCAAAUUCAAUAACCUUAUGGAUAUAUCUGAACGAACAAAUAUGAACGAAGUUUCUACAACAAAAUACCAUAUUUACUGAAAUUGACUGUUGCGAACAAUUAAACCAGAAAGAAUUAUAUAUACACAAUAUAUACACUAUACACAUUGUCCCAUUAACUAUUGACAUGUUCAUCCUAUUUUACAUUUGAGUACUGGUGACAGAAAUUAAUGUACCUAAAAUCCGCGAAAUCCAACCUUUAUUUUAUUUUAAAUUUUAGUAACCAAUUUUUCGAAGAAAAAAAAAUGAAAAUUUCGUCAAUGUGUAGUGUGCAAUAAAAUCAACAGAUAUUUGAAACAAAUGAUGAGCUCAACUCGUCUGAAUGUAAGUAUAGCUGUACUAUAGAUUAACAAUUUGUUGAUUUUUUGAAAGUUUUUUUUGCCUCUGCUCACGGUUAUGUUGUGAAUAAUGUAAAUAGAACUGCACUAAUAUCAUACACAUGAAACCGAUUGCUUUAAGCCCUAUAUUUCCACACAGCCAACGAAAUUGGUUAAAUAGAAUGCUAUAACGACUGAAUGUUACUAAAAUUGUUGACUAAACAUGCGUAAAACUACAUGUGAGCUUGUUAAAAUCCAGUAUUUGCCAAAGAUCUAGUACACAAUACAGUAUUAAAGCUCUGUUCAGUUAGCGAGCCCAAACUUAAGUUGAUCCAUCAACAACCUUUAUUACUAGCGACUGACACGAAGUGUAAUUCAAUAUAGCGUAAUGUACUUAACAAGUGCUUGAAGUUGUAUUAUCUAUAUACAAAAAGUUAUGUUUGCGUAUGUGAGUUUAUUUAGAAAUUUAGCUAUUUGAUUCCAAGCAUUUAUUGCAAGUAUGAAAGAAAAACACAAAAUGAACGACAAAAUCACAAAGUCUUCCUUCAAACGAAAUGUUAAUUAAUAAACAUGAUUCACAUUCAUUCUCAGAUACCUUCUAUCGUGGUGAAGGGUUACGGCAACUAUAUCGAAAGUUCUUGGCUAACUCGCCCAAAAAUGUAGCGUGAGAUCGCAGUGCGGCCAGAAGGCUUGACUUCACCAUGUAUGUAUAUUCCAUCUCGAGAGUGAUGAGAAUCAUAGCUCGUAUAUUUAAAAGCAACAUAGAUACAACUCAUACCAAUUAGUUACUUGAUUUGGUGAAACAAAAGUUGUUUAAUUAGUAACAAAUGAACAUCAUGAACACGCAAGUAACAUUAGCAAAAGUUUAGAAUACCAUAUGUACAGUUUCAAAUCGAAACUAUAGCAAAAGCAUCUCUCAAACGUGAACAGCGGGGUCGUGGAAAUUCAACUACAUAAAUAACCAUACAAUAACAACAAAUUGAGCCUGAAUAAAAUGUAUAUGAAUAGAAAACAUUAUUGGGACACAUGAAUCGAAAUCGAAAAUCAAAUUACACUUUGACAGCCCACUAUAACUAUAGACCACUAUGCCAACUACGAAAACACACUAGAUGUUAUGUGUUGUUCAAAUGAACGAAAAACCCUGAAAAUGCAAUGGUGAAAAAUGCAAAAGAAAAAAAAGUUAAUAAAUAUCUGUAACCCACUAA